UUGUUUCUACGGAGAUCACUUCCGGUGAUCAGUGGCGUACGCUUUCAAAAUCUCUUCCUCCACAAACACAGGAAAUGCCCGUCGUGUUAUUUCAUUAAUGUUUUAUUUGUGUGCGUGCGUCGCCCAGUUCAGUUGUAAUCAUAGAUGGAGUCCAAGGAUUCUGAAAGCAACGCGUCUCGGUCCCUGAGGCGAUCUACGCGGCAGUCAUCCUCUAAAGCGCUGGGUUUUGAGCCGACCCCCCGGGGUCCGCUGAAGAGGACCAAGAGGAGCUCGGGGAGACCGGGUCCUGCUGCAGCAGUCAAUGGGUCCGGAGAUCAGGAGAAUGGCUCUGAGGAUGAAGAGUCCCCGGGCAAGAAGCGCCGGCUGGAGACUGAAGGACCAACGGGAUGUGAUGAUGAUGGUGGUGAUGAUGGGACCGAGAUGGAUGUCCAGGAGUCAGCUGGAGAUAUGAAGAAUAACCAGGAGCAGGAAACAGUCGCUUACAAUCAGGAAUCUUCUCGUGGCACUCGUCCACCUAAACUCUACCAAGAUUCCAUUGGAGAUGUGAAUUUACACCCUCGUGUAGUGUUACACGAAUACCGCCGACCCCAGGUUGCAAGUGGAGAAGCAGACUUGAUUGAAACCAAAAGAGUAAACUCAUCAACCAAAGGACCGGCAGCCCCCACCAAGUCUGCUGUGCAACACAAAUCAUUGGUGAACAGCCAUGAUGUGCCCACUACCACGACCAGCAUGGCUGAGUACAAGAAUAGGAUGGAGGCCAUUGCCAAGACAGCUGCUAUUCCCACAGUUAACAACGUGAGCCCAGGUUUUUACCCGUCAUCAGAGAAAUCCAUGUCAGUGCAUCAACGUUUGAGAGACAUUCCAAUUCAAAAAGAAUCGGUAAAGCCCAAGAAAAAAGCAGGGAAAAAGAAAACAGAAGUCAUCAAGAAAAGCUCCAGAAAUUCUUCUCGGGGUUGCAUGUGGUAUUUUUGGUGUUUGGUUGGCCUGUUGCUGCUCGGUACUGUCGCCUUCCUGGCAUUCAAGAAAUUCCCUGUCCUCAGGAUGGUCGCAGAACUAAAAGGGCAUAUAUCCAGGGUUGAUGAGCCAGAUGUGUUUGCUGAUCAGUUGUCUCUUCUCGAGGCUCAAUUCCCCAGUCAGCGUCCAGAGUUAUGGAAAAGGAGCAUGAUACACCUGGGGAAGCACCUGAGAACAGCCCAGCCCACAGAGCCGGUGAGUCUUAUUUUCACCGCUGGCCACAGCGCUGAGAGGACGCUGCACUGCCUCGCUCAGGGCCUGGCCUCCGCCUUCUCGUCUGUCAACAAAACCUCUGUCCUCCAAAUCGAUGGAGCCAGCAAAGCCAUUCAGGACAGCGAUGAAGUGAAGCUGGUCAUUGACAGCCAACUGAAGGAGGCCUUCGAAGGUGAUAAACCGGUGGCAAUCAUCCAUCGCUUUGAAGAGCUGCCUCCAAGCUCUACCCUCAUUUUUUACCGCUACUGUGACCACGAGAAUGCCGCGUACAAGCAGGUCUUCUUGUUGUUUACUGUGCUGCUACCUCAGGACGAGGUUAGCAGUGAGCACAGUCUGAAGGAUGUGGACGAGAUGGUGCAAGACUAUCUAAGGGAGAGGCUGGUGGGCUCCAGCAACCAAACCUCCUUCAAUGAGAUGGACAAUAACAAGUACGGUGGACUGUGGAGCCGCAUCUCGCACCUUGUUUUGCCUGUAGUGUCUGAGAAGGAAGUAGAGAAGAGAGGAUGCUCAUAAACCACGCUGGCUUCUCUGAAGAAACCAGGAUACCACUCUGGGCCAGCCUGACACUUUUUGGCGCAGUGCAGAAGCUAGGAAACAAACGUAAAAUGGAAGUAUAAUGUGUGUGCUGUGAUAAUUCACAUAUAGACUUGAUUUGAAAGAGUUGAAAAUGGUAUUAAUCUCUCUCUGUCAGAGAUAAAAUUGUACUUAAGCUGCUGUCCUAUGUGUGAUCAGUUUAACUGCUUCCGAGAUGCUCAGCGCAGUUUUUAAUUAAAUGUGUUUACUUGUGCAGGUUUUGCAUCAGGCUGAAUCAAAUGGUGUUGAAUCAUCAUUCCACUUUAAACAGGGGAAUUUAGUCCAUUUCUCCCGUAGAUUUAACAUAUAACAAGAUGCAAAGCACUUUCUUCAAUUGAAUUUCCAUGUCCAAUCCAUAGAUUGAAUAUAAAGAUGGACAACGCGUCUCCCCUUCUUCUCACUAACCAGAAUGAAGCCAAAACUUUCCGGAUAUGAACAUGGCCAUCUUGUGACUCAGUCUGGACUGUCAAUCAAGUCCACUAUUCUAGCAUCAGACAACUAUUAAAACCAAACUGUCACCAUCUUUGUAAACAGUCUAUGGUCCAAGCCAAAAGCGUUACAGUUAAAUGGUGAAGAAUUACACUGGGUCCUCCUGUUAAAGUAAACUUUUUUUGUGGAAAUUCAUAUUUCUUGGUCUGUACCAAAUCUCAGAGACAACUGAUGACAUGCUUUAUAGUUCUGUCUAAUGUGUGCAUCCCUUCUUUUAAUUAUCUUGUGCACACAACUGGAUUGGAUUUGCACUGAAAGGGUUUUUCAUUUACUAGCCCUCAAAUCGAGAGUACUGGCUUUUACAAAGAUACAACUUUUAUAUCUUUUGUUUUUGUUGAAUUUGUAUAUAUGUUGUUGACUUUUUUAGAUUGGAUAUAUAUAUAUGUAUAUAGGAUUUAAAAAGGUUUGUUCUACCACGAAACGUAGUUAUGUUGUAAAAACACAGGUUUUGAAUUUGUACAAAUAUUUUGACAGAAUAUCAGAAAAUGUGCCUUAAAUACUGACAUGGAGACGAUUAGACUCAUUAGUCAUCUGACUCUGACACUCUUUGACGACAAGUUCUGAACUCAAACAAGCUUUUUUGUUGAUUUCUUUCUUUAAUUUGUUCUAAUUUGCAUCAUUGUAUUCUUACUUGAUAUAACUCAUUCCUCUUAUUCUGUUAUUCUGAGAUAUUGCCCAUAUAUAGACCUGGAUAUUUUCAAUAAAGACUAUUUUGGUACCUGAAA